AUGAAGCUCCACACAAUCGCCUUCACGGCCUUGCUGGCUGCCUCCAACGUCUAUGCCGCGUCCGACCCCCCGACCAAGGUUAUCCGUAGCGAGCGCAGCACCAGGAUUGCCGCCCGCCAGGCGAAGGGUGUCCAACAUCCUUCCGAAGUGCCCCUACCCGGCUCCUUCAAGUCCCAAGGCUGCUUCUCCUCACAAGGCAACUUGACCAUGCACAAGGCCCCCGACAAGAUGUCGACAGGAUCUUGCAACAAUGUCUGUAAGGCCGACAACUUUUGGGUGGCGGGAAUGAAGGGCUCUCAAUGUUUUUGCGGCUUUGCCUACCCCCCCACGAACGCCCUCGUCGACGACAAGAAGUGUAACUAUCCCUGUCCCUUCUACGAUCUGGAAGCCUGCGGUGGGCUCGGCACACCCGGAGCCUGGUCCAUCUUCAACACCGGCAUCAACGUCGAUGUCUCCAACUUUGACGAAUCGUCCUCGACGACGUCCAGCUCCGCCAAGCCAACCUCAUCAUCCGGUGACGAAGCCACCAAGGCCCCGGCCGCCACCGAGACGCAGGCGCCCGCCGACUCGUCCGGUGACGACAAGAAGAGCGGGCCCAACACGGCCGGCAUCGCCGCCGGCGUCGUUGCCGGCGUCGUUGGUGCCGCCGCCUUGAUCGGCGGCAUCUUCUUCUUCCUCCGACGGAGGCGGAAUUCGGAGAUCGAGGAGGGCCACCGGCGAAAUGCUGCCGUCAACGCCUUCAUCAACGGCUCCAAGCCUCCGGGCAGCAGCGGCAGCAUUUCCAUGACGGACGCUCGCCUCGACCCCGUCUUGGCUCAUCGUAGAAUGAGUGACGGCAGUAUUGCAGACAACGAAGACUACUCGCGCAGGAUCCUCAGGGUAUGUCCCGCACCCCUUCGCCGCCCCUCGUCGCCCGCCCCUUGCUUCGUGCACCCGCGCUAA